CGGCUUUCUGCUGGAAGCUUUAAAGUCCAAUUAUAAUCCGAUAACCAGAUUAAAGUCCAGAAUUGAACAUCACCUAUCAUCUAAGGAUCAAUCUAGAUACUUAAUAUAGAAUUGUCCUUAGAAGUUCUCUACGCAUGCAUAUAAAAACGCGAGCAAGAUUAGAGUUAAUUCACGUCCUGUUCGGUAUAUCGCCUGCGAAUUUUCCUGGUGCACUACGAGGCAACGGCGCAAUGGAAGUGGCCCCGACACCAGCAGCAACUGACAUCGCGUUAGCCGCUCUAGACAGUCGGCGAUCGACGUCAUACCAUGCCAGGUUAGAGCGAACACACAAUACAUAAGCCACCCACUACCUAAAACAUACUAUACUUUUACUUCAGAAUCAUUUAGUGUGUUUCGAACACGUGCAGUGUCCGCCAUAUUGUGGAACGGUGGUUCCGGGUGACAGUACCGUUAGUUUGCGCGGUUCCUUCUAUUGAAAUUCUAAUGCGGGUUGCUGAUCAGUGGCUGGCGAUUUUUUGGUCUAGUAGAGUGCUGUGAUUUUUGUGCGUUUUCGGACGCAUUGCGUAAUCAAUGACAGAAAGUGUGGUUGUCGUCAGGAGAGAUGGGGAGUGAGCACUACUGCCUGAGGUGGAACAAUCAUCAGAGCAAUCUCCUCGGCGUCUUCAGUCAAUUGUUAAGAGACGAGAGUCUAGUCGACGUCACUCUGGCCUGCUCGGAGGGCCAUUCGAUCAGAGCUCACAAGGUAGUGCUGUCCGCUUGCUCAUCAUACUUUCAAACGUUGUUCGUCGACCAUCCCAGCAGACACCCCAUCGUCAUCCUUAAGGACGUCCGUUUCUCCGAGCUCAGGACACUCAUCGAGUUUAUGUACAAAGGGGAGGUGAACGUAGAGUAUUGUCAACUGUCCGCUUUGUUGAAAACAGCAGAAAGUCUCAAAGUCAAAGGUCUUGCGGAAAUGACUCGCGAAUACAAACCCGUACCCGAACAAACCGAGCCCACAGAACUCACGACACGUCGCUCUCUCAGCCAUAACCAAUCGCGGCCCAUCACGCCCAACGACAUGGAAGAUUCCCAGCAUUCAUCAAGUCCUAUCCAAAAUCUUCGAAUAUGCAAAUCACCGGCGGAGAAAGAUAGAGACCGGGAAAGGGAUCGAGAAAGAGACAAUAGAGAUAGAGAUCGCGAAAGAGAACGGGAAAGAGAACGAGAACGAGAUCGCGAAAGAGAAAGGGAAAGAGAACGAGAAAGAGAAAGAGAAAGGGAAAGGGACCGAGAAAGGGAGAGAGAAAGAGAAAGAGAACGAGAACGAGAACGCGAAAGGGAUAGGGAACGUGAUAUGGAACACGAAGAGAAACUUUCCCCAUUAGACGAAAGCGGAUCUCAGUCUAUCUCUAACGAUUUUGGUGCUAGUGAUAUGAGCAUACAUAAUAGUAAUAAUUUAAUACCGACUUGUUCCUCUGUCAGUUUAUCGAAUCCAUUAUGUAAUAGAUUGUCGCCCUCUGUAAAUUGCGAACCCAUUCCCGGUCCCUCGAAUUUGCCUCCAGUCCAACAAGUGCCUCUGAGUCUUAAGAAAGAAGUAGAUUGGGGAGGAGGGGGAGGAGAAGAGAAAAAGCCGCCGAUCGAGAGUCCUUCGGAAUUUUCAAGGAACCAGCAAGAUUCGAGUUCAAUGGAAACCGACCGAUGCGUCGGUUCUCCCGUCCCCGACCGUCCUUCCAGCACGCAAAGCAGCAGAUCCUCCACACCUUUCGCUCUGCCCUUUCCCACUCUGCCCACCUCGCUUCUGGAGGUCGGCUUGAUGCCGAGCGCCUUCUUGGGCGACGAAAUGUUCCGGUGCUCCUCCUGCAUGGCCGCCUUUCCUUCGCUGUGGCUGCUGGAGCAGCACACGGCCCUCCAGCACAUCGGAUCCAUCAAUUCGCUGGAGAAGCCCUUCGUUUGCGAGCAGUGCGGCCAAAGCUACAGGUACAGAUCGGCGUACGUAAAACACCGCGAGCAAAACCACAGGGCCCGACUGCCGGCCGACAAGCUCUUCUCCUGCGACGUGUGCGGCAUGCAGUUCCGCUAUCUCAAAUCGUUCAAGAAACACCGGCUGAACCACGCUUUGGAAAAAUUGCACGGCAAAAGCGCCGAGGUUGCCAAAGAUUCGAAAGCAACUACCGAUGAAGAAGUCGACGACGAUAAAAACAUGCACGAGAACAGCAACGAUCAAGUGUCGAGUUCCAACGAAACUAUAAAUGUCGAGGAAGAAAAUAGUCCUAUAGUGGUUAAAAAGGAAGUGUCCGAUGAUAUUGCAGGAGAAGGUACAUCUUCGGAUGCCGAGAAGACCGAAGCCGAGCAAGACGACACCAUCGAUUCGAUUGCUUUCUCAUACCAAGGCACCUCGGGCUGUCCCAGCGAUUUGCUGCGCACUUCCGAAUCUUCGAUCAUCAACUUCCUGCGGGCCGAUUCGGCUGGGCAACGCGAGCGCCGCUUCGCCUGUCCGUUCUGCGGUAAGUGCGUCAGGAGCAAGGAGAACCUGAAGCUGCACGUGAGGAAGCACACCGGAGAGCGGCCGUUCGUUUGCUUGUUCUGCGGCAGGGCCUUCGGGGGGAAGAGCGACCUCACCCGCCACCUUAGAAUCCACACCGGGGAGAGGCCGUACCACUGUGAUAUGUGUGGGAAAUGCUUCGCUAGGGCCGAUUAUUUGUCGAAGCAUUUGACCACUCACAUUAAUACACCUCGUUGAAUUUUCAGUGAUUUUUUUUGUUAUUGUUUUUAUUUUGGUAGAUUUAACGUUUUAAGGUUUGUUUGAUGGGGAGUUCACAAACCAAAUACCUUUUCCAAUAUUUCAGAAAAAUUAGAUGUAGGUUAGCAAAUAGAAAGCAACAAAGAAGAUGCAAGAAGAGUAAAAAUGAAGAAGAAUUUGUAUAAAUAAAAAAGUUUUAUUUCUAUAAAAUCUUCUCUGAAUAGGAAGUUGGAAAAAUUUCAUUUGUGAACUUGUACGUUUAAUUAAAAGGCUACAUUUAAAAAAUCUUAAUGGAUAGAAUAUCUCUAUACACCACUACCAGAAUUUUCUGCAGGUUUAAUUAGAGUUGUUCUAUCCAUUUUUUUACAAAGUGCCCAUUUUUCUUUUGUUGUUAUUUUUCAUAGAAUAGUUAAAUAGUUAAAAAAGAAUAAUUUAGACAUCACAUCCAAAUUUUACUGCUUCUAAACGAAACUGAUAUAUUUUUUGCGAAACGAAAGGUCCAGUUAAUUACGUUCUAGAGGUCUGAAUUGAUUUGAUUGUUCGUAUCAGGAUUUAUCUCUAGAUUUUUUUAACUAUCCGGUUUUGAUUUUUGCGCAUACCGUCCACAUACAGGGUAUCUCAACUCCAGGCAACGAUAAUAUAAUUCAUCCAGAAUCCGGACAGAGACACAGUCAACGACGAGAUACCCUGUAUACAUCGAGACUUAUUUCAACUUUAUUUGGCUGUGAUUAACUUUUAGGUUUUUCGUGAUACAUCGCGUAUUAUUAUUAUUUAUAAUUUUAAGAAAAGUUACCUAAGCAAUACAAUUAAAUAAGGCUCUAGUCAGAAAAUCACGUCUAAAAUUUGAAUCCCCCUCAACCCUCGCGCAUGAGGUAAUAACCACUCAUCCAAAGAUUUGUAUUAAGGGGAAAAAGCAUUAGAAUAAGGACUAUAUAUUUAAUAUAACUUGUGCCAAAAAUUGAUGUACAAUGUACCUCAUUUAUAAACUACAUAGUGUAGGUUCAGUUAGGCACUGGUACAGUUCAAGUAUAUUUAUUUCUUAUACCGUUUGUAGUACUACCCACUUCAUUAAAGAAAGUGUUUCUGAUAUUUUUAAUUAGUAAUUAAUCAGAGUUUGAGUUUGAGUUUAUUUUAAUUGGGCCAUAAAUACAGCGAUUUAAAACUGGUGUAUUGGAACUGUAUCGGUGCAUUUUAAAUGUAAUAAGAUUUGCGAAUUUAAAUGUUUAACAUCGAAUAUCCUGCCUCAUUAAUUACAAACAAACAAUAUUUUUCUAUAAAUGUACAAAAUACGUCCAAAUAAACAAUUGUUAAAUCAUUUUUUAUAAAACUUUGUUGCUCAAUAGAAUAAACAAGAUGAUAUAUAAACUUUUAUUAUACACAGUAAACGCUGAUGUUAAACAUUUAUUAUUUUUUUAAAUCACAUGUUAUUUUUAAAUAUUUCUAGGGGCGUUAUAUCCGAACAAUAUUAGAGUUUGUUUAGAGACUGUCAGAUGAAGAAAAGGAUUUAAAAUAUGAAUAUUAACAGCAGUAGUUGAGUUCUCAAAGGAACUUGACCUUUAAUUCUAAUAGUUGAGAUGACUAAGUGUCUUUUUCCAGAAACGAAAUUCCGAAUGAAUUUAUAGGAUUAAUUUACAGGAAUACAAUUAAUUUUUAUAAAAUAAACCAAUCGUGUCAAGGAUGCUCAGUCAUUUCCAUAAAACAAUUAACAUUUAACCUAUAUGUGUGAUAUUGAAAAAAGGCUUUUGGACAAAUUUUAACCAAUAGUUUUUUCUAUAGCAUUUGUGCCUUUGUAUAAAGAAUGUUUUCGUCUUUGUUGUAUUAUUAAAUACAGAAGAUGCAAUAGAUAAUUUUUACAAUACGAAAUAAAUUUUUAUUUUUACAGGACAAUUUUUAAUUAAAUUUUUACAAAUUUUAAAAUAGAUAAUAUAAUUCAAACGAAUAUGGAUCUCAUUAUAUUGAUUCCCCAAUAAAGAAGGAAUCACCUAAUCUUAAAUACAUACACUAUAGAAAUAUCCAAAUAUCUAAAUUUUUAACUGGAUUUAUUUUAUAAUGAACACGUUUUGUUAAUUUUUUAGGUGUAGAGAACGCCAUUCCAAGCCGCCCAAUUCUAAUUACAUUAUGUUCCUAGAGUUAUUUUUGUCUAUUUAAUCACUUUAACAUCCAAACAACAUUACAUUAAUACAUAUUUUUAUGGAAUUUUUAUGGAAGAACCAUUAGAUCAUUUUUUGUAAUUUGAGAUGUAAUCAGCUUGAUUUCAUCUCUUCAGCCCUUAAUUAAACCCCCAUCGUUCGUUCAUAUGACAAAAUAUCAUUAGCCUAAUUGAAAAUAGGGCUAAAAAUCCAUCCAAAACUAAGGCAUUGUAUAAUUUAGAAAAACAUUAUUGACACAUAAUUAUUAUCUUAGAUAAAUUAAGAAAUAUUAAAAAAAUCAUCUUGACUUACCAAUACUUUGAAUGGCCAUUAAUUGACUUAAUUGACAUUUAAGUUUGAUUUAAAUUGUUUCCGAUAUAGAAGGUACUCUUUAUACCUAAAUAAAUCUAACAAUUAAAGCAGCGUUUUAACAACAGCGAUUGUCCUUAAGCACAAAAUCCUUCCAUAAUUAAAAAAAGAAGUAAUUAAUCGGUGUGUUUUGCUAUUUGCCUUGUAUAUAAUAUAAUAAAAAUAUUAAGAAUAAAUGUUCCUAAAGAAACAAAAAUUGAAAUAGUUGAAGAAUAUUUUUGUGUAUGUAAAUAUUAUGAAUUUGUCGCCAGAAGGAAUUUUUUUGUUAAAAUCAUCUUUUUAGGAGGGGCAUAGACUUAUACAUAAACGUGCUUAUGUGUUGUUUAUCUCGAUGUUAACUUGUAUAGUAUGUGUUAGCGAUGGAAAAUAUUGUUGUCCAAUUUUAUUAUAAAAAUAAUUAGGGAAGACAAUGGACAAGAUAUAAAGCUGAUUUAAAAAACGUAAUAACUGUUUUCUAGUGUAAUUUACACAUUAUUCUUAGAUAUUAAUUGAAAAACGAAUAUAAUUGGGCAUUGUUUCGUUUUUUUAAGAAAUUGAGUGUUAGAUUUUCCAUAACUGUGUAACAAGCGUUCGUUAAUUAUAUUUAAAUCAGUUUAUAUUUUGUUUGUAUUCAAAGUGUAAUUGGUAUAAGCACUGGUCUCUUCCAAUUAAAGCAACGAAAUAUUUUAACGAUUAUUAGCGGCCUAUAUACUCGUCUAUAACAAUGUUUUUUUAUGAGACCAGUCAUAUUUUGAGAUUGGGUACUAAGCCUCAGAAGUCAAAAUAUGUUAAUUUCAUUGAAAUUUCAAUAUAAAGACUUACCUGAAAUUAGUUAUUUUGGUAUUUUAGGCUUAACAUCUUCUGAUUGCGUGCUUUAAGAUGGUGAUAUAGAAUUGAAGUUUGAAGGGUUUGCUCAGAUUUUCAAAGCAAAUAUGGUGCUGUAACAUUGUGAAAGAAAUUGUGAUAUAGAAAUGUUGAUAUGUAGGGUUAUUAUGAUAUUUAAUUAAGUAUAUAAUUAAUUAUAUAUUUAUAUUAGUAGUGGUAUGAGUUGAUUCAAGAAAGCAGAGGAUUCUUUGGGGAAAAGUUAAUUUAUUUUAAUUUAAAAAAUUAAGCACUUUAAUAAUUUUUAUUUUGUCUCUUUUGUUACCUCAAAAUGAAGUUCAAAUUUCAAAAAAAACAUCAACAAUUUUUAAUAGUUGUAGUUCUAUUGAAUGUUCCUAUAGCGUUGCACUCAGAUUAAAAUAUUCAGUGUCCCACGAUUGAAGAGUAAAACAUCAACAAUACAAACGAAUGAUUGUUGAUGAAUUACUCGCAUUAAUUAUUUUUAAUUGUGAUAGAAUUUUAGGAAUUGAGGAAGGAUUUAUUUUUGCAUCAACUCAAAAACAACAUAAAUGAGUGGAUAUAGUUUGUUCCAAAUGCGCUAAACAAGUUUCAUUAAACCAUUUUGUGUCAUAUUCCGAAUGAAAUAUUUUUACGGAAUACAUUUUAAUUUGAACACCCUGUAUCCAUAAAAAUUUGCACCUAGUCUUCGAUAUUUGCACAAAAAGAUAAUUCAGGAAGCUCUAUUCAAAUUUUGUAUUCAAUGUAAAUUAAAUUAAAAAUAUUAAACAUAAAUAAGUAAAAGUAACAUUUUUUCAGUAUAAAAGUCGGCGAAAAACUCGUAUUCCUGAAUUUUCUCUUAUUGAAAAUAUUAUAUUAAACAAAAUUGUGUACUGUGUUCUCGUUCUUACAGUAUGAUAUUGACAAAUGUUUAUAUAUGUGUAAAAAUUUUUGAUGUUGUGUACCAUAAAAGUUCAUAAAAGUGUCAUUUCAAAAGUAUGAACGUAAAUAAAGAUUUUAUUA